AUGUCUGUGACGUCUCUUGAACUCCAAGAAGAGCGUAAUAAAAACGUUUUCACCCAAUUCUACACCCCAUCGUACCAAUCGAAGCAGGCGAAAAAGAAGGAAGUUAUCAAUGAGGUUCAACAAGCAUUGAGGGAUUAUAAACAUAAAUAUGCCUUGAAUUUCGCAUGCACUUCUCUGUUGAUUUGGAAAAAAUUUGUAUUUUUGGAUUUUCCGGAACUAAAACGUUCGUCAUCCCAACCAGUUUGUCAAAUUCCUCCGACCGACAAAGCUUUUGCCUAUUAUCGAGUGGUUUCGGAAUUUUCGGACAAGUACCUGCUGACUGCUUGUCAUGUAAAUGUUCAUGGAUAUCAUCGAGGUGAUUUGAGAUUCAUUGAAAUCAAUAAUCGAACUGUGACACGUGGCAUUCCGGAGGGAGAGCACUGUUUGGGUCGACUGUUCAUUGGGGAUAUUGUGGCGGUUACCGGAAUGGCGAUAAGGAAGAAAUUUGAGGAAUACACCAUAUUCGACAUCACCAAAGACUCGGACUGCACAUGGAUGGCCACAAAUAUUACCGUACUCCCAAGAUCUUCCAAAAAAGACGCCACAUUUUCAACUCUAAAAAAUGGAACAGCCGUCGUAAAAGAGCACAGUGAAGUGAUGAAUGUGGACAGUCCAAAACCGCUGAAAAUUGGAAUACUGUACACUGGAUCCGCAUUUUUACCAGAGAAAAUGGCGAACAAUUACUGUAUGGAUUUCCAGCCAGACCGGAAAAAUGAGCUGAUUUAUACUUCAUCGAAAAUUCAUCAAUAUCCGAAUGCGUUGGGAACGAUUUUCAAGUUUCAAGAGGAUCCGGAGCUCACGAAAAUGUUCGAAAUUGGAACUGAUGCUUUUUUGUGCUCCUCCGCCUCGGAAAUCCUUGAAACCUGCGUUCUAAUGGGCUACGCCGCUGCCAAUUCCAUCACCAACGGCCGCUUCGACAGUCGUUCAUUCCCCAUGGAGAAUAUCGAUCGAAAAGGUCCAAUCGUCAAAUUCCAAAUCGAUAAUCCGGCGGACAAUCCAACAGAAGGCAAAUGGACAAUUAAUAGUCGUAUAAAGAUCAGUGGACCAACCGGGGAAUGCAAUGCAAUCAUAGAGACGGUGAUUCUCCAAAAAAAUCGGUUAUCGAUUACUUCAAGGCUGUCCAGAGAUGUCCCACAUCGAGAAAAAUUCCAGGAAGGACUUUUCAUUGUCUAUCAAAGGGAGGCUCCAGAAUCCCAAAUUCUAAGGACAGGAUUUUUCGAGAAGGUUCCAAGCCGGUCCAAUGGUCGGAAAAUUCUAGAGGUGCUCUAUGGAGCAGACCCUCUGGAAAACCCCAAAAAUCAAGCAAUUUUCCAAUACUUUUUCCCGGGAAAAGAAGGAAAAUUGAAGCUAAAUUAUUAUCAAUGUGAAUACGUUUCGAUGCUUCUGAAUCCAGAAAUUCCAAUUGUCGUUGGCUCCUCUCCUUUUGGAUGUGGAAAAUCGAUGACGAUUGUGACCGCUGCUUUGGAGAUUUUCAAGGAAAUUGAUUCGAUGAAAAAGAAGAAGGAUAAGAAGAAGAGACAGUUAUUGGUGACCCAGAGUAACUAUGCCAGUGUGAACUUGGUGGAUAUUUCGGGAAAGAUUUAUUUGGAAGAUCAACAGGAAGAGGACAAGAAGCUCAAAUUCGUGCGAUUUGUCUCUGAAAAGAACUGGAAAGAACUUCCCCUUGAAUGCCUAACCGAUUAUGACCUCCCAAUGCUAAUGGAGCAAGUGUUCCUGGAUUGGGCUACGGUAGAACGUUCGGACGAUCCGGUAGAACUCGAAGAUCGCCAUAAGAGGGAUAUGGUCCUAUUUCUAACAAAAGAAAAAAAGGUGGACCAUUCUAGAUUCAAUUCUCAAGCUCUCCGAUUCUAUUCACAAGUUCAACAGGAGGAUCCAUGGAGAUCCACCCUUCUAGAAGCAUUUUUCCUUCUGUACAACCCAGAUAUCAUCAUGACAACUGCAGACUCACUUCAGACAUUGCUCAGCUCGCGGGUCUUGACACCAGAAGACGUCUACACUAUUCAAAUCGAUGAGGCUAGUCAAGUUCCAGAAUACACCUUCAUCAGUCUCCUCACCCAAUUUCCAAAGGCCACCUUUGGCUUGAUCGGAGAUAUUCAACAGCUGCCACCGUACUGCGAGACAGGUCUUGAUGGGAAAUUGAAGGAUUACGGUAUCGGUAACACUAUGGAGAGAUGUGUUGAGGAGGAGCUGUUCCCACAAGCUAUGCUUCGAGAAGUGUAUCGCUGCCAUCCGAAGAUUACAGGAUUGCUCAGCGAUCUUUUCUAUAAAGGAAAGCUGAUCUCUGGAGUCACUGAAGCUAUGAGAAACACAUUUAUGGAGAAUAGAACUGAUUUUUGGCCUAGCUCCAACUAUCCGGUACUUCUUAUCAACAACAACGAAUCGGGAUACAAAAUGGGAACUUCAUGUGGGAACACAUCGGAAAAGUUGAUCGUCCAGAAGCUUCUAGAUCUCCUUUGCAAGCCUAACAAUGGCUAUAAGCUCGAGCCAACUCAAAUUGGAGUUAUAUCCUUCUACAGCGCUCAGACAUCAGUACUCACUGAGGCGCUACGCGGACGGCAAGUCAAAUGUGGUACGGUAGACGCGUUCCAGGGCACCGAGCGGGAUGUAAUUGUGCUCUGUUGCACUAAUGAGAAGAUUAGUGAGUUUAUGCAAAUGAGCAAUCGAAUCAAUGUGGCAAUGUCGAGAGCCAAGCAAGUGACGAUUAUUGUUGGGAAUUUGAAUGGGUUGAAAAAGGCGAAUUAUUGGAGAGAGAUUGUGAAGAAGGCGCAGGAGAAUAGAUGUGUCAUAGAGGCGGUGAGUUUUAUCAUUGAUUAUCUUGGUUUUAAGCUGAGAUGGCAAAAAAGAUCCAUCUUGAACACCAGCGGACCACCAGCCGGAAGAAGACAAAGAAACCGCAGGAAUAAUAAGGAAAAUUUUGCUCAGAAAAAAGUUAAUUUCAAUGAAAAUGUGCAAAAGAGGACUAAUGAAACGAGACCUACCGUACUACCUGAACCUCCAAAACCAGCAGUUCCUAAAAAUGAUCUGACCGAUUUGUUGAACGAAAUGAAUUUAUUGAAACUUGCGAUUGAAAACUACAAAAUGCAAGAGCAACUACAACAACAACAACAUUCCUAA